GAGGGUGGGCCUCUGUGCCAUUUAUCACAGCGGAAAGGAGGGCAUUCAUUCCCAUCCGGAUAGACUACAAAUCCCGGUUGUGCAUUUGAGUGGACGGUUUACGCGUGGCCUGGAGCGAGAGGAGCCUGUUGACAGUACAAAGGUCAUUGGGGCGGAAGAGCGGCAAAGGGUCAACGGACGACGGACCAUCAAGUGUCCCCCUAAAUCCGGUGCCCAAAACACAAGGCCUUGCCCACUUCCAGCCAGUGAUUCGAACCCACUCCUUUGCACCACUGACCCAUUGGCCCACCUGGACAUUAAGGCGCUGGACCCUCUUCUGUGUCGCAAUGAUCCAAGACUAUCAGGACCUCACCUCCCUCGACGUGGAGGACGAAGGCGGGAAACCCAUCCAGAAAGUGCCCGCAAGGCUUCCUCUGAGCCCGACGCUGGGCCACCGCCUCUGCCCCAGCCGCCGCCUGGUCCUGGUCCUGCUGGGCUUCUCCGGCGUCCUUCUCCUGGCUGUCAUCGUCUUUGGCGCCAAAGGUAGCAGUUAUCGCUGGCAGAUAAGCAGCUUAAAGCAGACCCUUCAAAGCAUCAAUGGAUCAAUGACGGAAGAAAUCGCUGGCCUACAGAGCAAAGAAAAGGAUACAGAUGCAAAAGUUACACAGUUAGAAGGGACGGUGAAACAGCUGGCGGAGGAAGGAGAAGCAGUUCAGACUCGACUCAAUGGCCAGGUGAAGGAGCUGCAGAAGAACGUCAGGAACAUGAAUUGUGACCUGGAGAACUUUAAAAAGAACCGAACAGACAACCCAGACGGCUGCUGUCCCAAAGGCUGGGCUUCCUUCCGGAAAAGCUGUUACUGGGAAUCCAGGGUUGGAAAACCCUGGCAAGAGGCCAAAGCGGAAUGCGAAGCCAGGUACGCCCACCUGGUGAUCAUCAGCUCCUACGAGGAACAGCAAUUCGUGGCCACACGGGUGAGACCGAGUUACACGUGGAUCGGCUUGACCGACACCAGCGGGACGUGGAAAUGGGUGGACGGGAGUUCCUACACCGUUCGGCAAGAGGAUUGGUGUGAGAACCAGCCGGACAACUGGUACGACCACAACCUUGGCGGCGGAGAGGACUGCGCCCACCUCCACCGGAACGGCUGCUGGAACGACGACCACUGCACACGGCUGUACGGAUGGGUUUGCGAGAUGGAAGAGACGGAAUAAGCCCCACAUUGCCAUCAAUGUGCGUCUCGAAUUAUGAAGGAGAGACCCCGAAGUUGGCCCAUGCUUGGCUUCAGUCUCAAUUUGAACCCAUUUAUUGUGUUACUUCUAUCACUCUCCUCUUUGAUUCCCAGAAUUUGGAGCCAUGCAUUUUUUGGACUAUAACUCUCAGAAUCCCCUAGCAGUCUACAGAUGUAUUAUUAAGUUCGAGAGAGAGGCAAUGCCUUAAAAACUUCCUGGCCGAUACUAUUCACCUUUGCCGUCCUUUACCGAUACAGGUUGAGCCUCCCUUAUCCGUAUUUUGGAUUGCUUGUUUGAUAUUUGCACAUACAUAAUAAUACGCCUUAGAGUCGGAACCCAACAUUCCUAUGCAUGGAAUAUCUACUCGCCUUCUAUACACAGCCUGAAGGUCAUUUUCUACACAAUCUGUUGCGUAAUUUUGUACAGGAAUCGACAUUUGUGUGCAUCGAACUACCUGAAAGCAAAAAUUCAGCAUGGAUUUUGGAGGAUACUCAACCUAUAUUGGGUUGCUUUGUUAUACACUACAUUGUACCAAUUUAUACUGUAUCAGUGAAUGCUGAAUUCCUGUGAUACAUCACAUUCUGAAUAAAUUAUCUUUUCAGUCGAGACAA